AUGCCAAGAAUAUUGCUAUUAUUAUCUUGUCUAUUAUUUUUGAGUUAAUCAAAUUUCAUAGAUGACAUUGAAUAUUUGACAGAAAUCAAUAAUAAUGUUGUUAUUGGAAUAUUUACUCAACCAUCAGAUCCAGACUAUAUUGAUUACCCAUCUAGUUAAUAUUCUUAUUUGGCUGCAUCAUAUGUCAAAUUUGUUGAAAUGGCUGGUGCUAGAGUUGUACCAAUUCCAUAUGAAGCUGAUAAUACCAUUUUAGAAAAAUACUUUUAAGGCAUUAAUGGUAUUAUCAUUCCAGGAGGUGCUUCUGAACUUGAUACUCCAACUGGACCAUCCAAAUUUACUAAGGCUGUUGCUUAUAUGUUAAAUAGAGCACUUUAAAUGAAUGAAGCUGGUGAAGUAUUUCCUGUUCUUGGUAUUUGCAUGGGAUUCUAAACUUUGCAUUAUAUUAUUUCAGGAUACAAAACUCCCUUCCUUUAUAGAGUUUAUGGAGAGAAUGGUAUUAGUCAUUCAUUAGAAAAUGGAGAUAGAAAUUUUUCAUUAUAUAAGGAUUUCGAUGACGACACUUAUUAAGCAAUGCAAACUAAUCAAUAUUUAUAUUACAGUCAUAAUUGGGGUGUGAGUCCAGACUUAUAUAAAAAAUAUCCUUCUUUGGAUGCAUUCUUCAGAAUCACUGGAACCAAUUAAGAUAUUAAGGGUUAAACUUUUAUUGCUUCUAUGUAAGGAAAAUAAUAUCCAGUAUAUGGUGUAUAAUAUCAUCCAGAGAAGAAUAUCUUUGAAUGGAAAGUUUCAGCUCCUCAUAGUUAUUUGGCUGUUAAGGUAUCAGCCAAUCAUAUUGAUGCUUUUGUAAAUUAAGCUAGAUUAAAUAAUCAUUAAUUUAAUGCAGAAUAAUUGAAUAAGGCCGUGAUAUAUAAUUUCAAGACUGUUUAAGAGAAGAAUGCCUCAUUCGUCUAAGUAUACUUCUUUAAAAAUGGGGAGUUGAGUUUAUGAUAAUAUAUGAAAAAG